UUUGCAAACUCUCCGACAGGACAAGGAGCAGUCAAGAAAAGUUCCCCGGAGCCCUUUAAAACAGAAAGGAAGUGGGGCUGAGAGCAGAAGUGUGCCCGGCCCUUGGCACCCCUGUUGAUCCCUGGGACGUGGAGCACCUGCUUGUGAGAGCAGUCCGGGCGGCCACCUGUGAACCUGGCGCCCCACGCAAGACCUGCCUGGCUUUCCUCAUAGACCCGUGUCCUGCUUAUACUAGAAGCUGACCUCGCCCGAGGACCAGGUGAACUCCCGGGAGAGCAUGGCCCACGAGGAGGACUCUAGGUGGACGCCCUGGCUCCCUGUCCUGGUGGUGUCCCUGAUGUGCUCAGCCAGAGCAGAGUACUCCAACUGUGGCGAGAAUGAGUACUACAACCAGACCACGGGGCUGUGCCACCAGUGUCCCCCCUGUGGGCCAGGGGAGGAGCCAUACAUGUCCUGUGGCUACGGCACCAAAGAUGAGGACUACGGCUGCGUGCCCUGCCCAGCAGAGAAGUUUUCCAAAGGAGGCUACCAGAUCUGCAGACGCCACAAAGACUGCGAGGGCUUCUUCCGGGCCACCGUGCUCACACCGGGGGACAUGGAAAACGACGCCGAGUGUGGGCCAUGUCUCCCUGGCUACUACAUGUUGGAAAACAGACCCAGGAACAUCUACGGCAUGGUCUGCUACUCCUGCCUGCUGGCUCCCCCCAACACCAAGGAAUGUGUGGGAGCCACUUUGGGGGUUUCUGCCAACUCCCCCAGUACCUCUGGCGGCAGCACCCUGUCCCCCUUCCAACAUGCCCAUAAAGCAGAGCUUUCGGGCCAAGGACACCUGGCCACCGCCCUGAUCAUUGCCAUGUCCACCAUCUUCAUCAUGGCCAUCGCCAUCGUCCUCAUUAUCAUGUUCUACAUCAUGAAGACGAAGCCUUCAGCCCCAGCCUGCUGCACCAGCCCCCCAGGGAAGAGCAUGGAAGCCCCAGUGAGCAAGGAGGAGGAGCAGAAGGAGGCCCCAGACGACGUGGUGAUUUUCUCCGAGAAGGAUGAAUUUGAGAAGCUGACAGCGACUCCGGCAAAGACCACCAAGAGUGAGAGCGACGCCUCCUCUGAGAAGGAACAGCUGCUGGGCCGGAGCGUGGAGAGUGACGAGGAGCCAGCCCCCGACAAGCAGGGCUCCCCGGAGCUGUGUCUGCUGUCGCUGGUGCACCUGGCCAGGGAGAAGUCUGCCACCUACAACAAGUCAGCUGGGAUCCAAAGCAGAAGGAAAAAAAUAUUGGAUGUGUAUGCCAAUGUGUGCGGUGUCGUCGAAGGUCUCAGCCCCACAGAGCUGCCGUUUGAUUGCCUCGAGAAGACAAGCCGAAUGCUCAGCUCCACAUACAACUCUGAGAAGGCGGUUGUGAAAACCUGGCGCCACCUUGCUGAGAGCUUUGGGCUGAAGAGGGACGAGAUUGGGGGCAUGACAGAUGGCAUGCAGCUCUUCGACCGCAUCAGCACGGCGGGCUACAGCAUCCCAGAGCUGCUCACAAAACUGGUGCAGAUUGAGCGGCUGGAUGCUGUGGAGUCCUUGUGUGCAGACAUACUGGAGUGGGCCGGGGCGGUGCCACCCACCUCCCCAGCCCCCACUGCACCCUGAGGAGCAUGCUUCGGACUGUCCUCCCUGGGAUGAGCGAGGCAACCAACAAGGUCUCUGCAGCUGUGAGUGGCGCCAUCAGCCUGCCACAAUCCAGGCUUUUCCUGGUGUGUCACCGCAUGCCUUCAGCUGCUCCGAGGAGCAAGGGGAAACGAGGCCUGUCUUCCAAUCCAACAGAAGAGAAAGGAUUAAAGCUGGGAGGCUCCCAGCUCCCCACUUGACCUCACCAGACAGAAUGAAUAUUUAUUCGUUGAUGGGGCCAGCCAGCCAGCCUACCAUCAAUUCACUCAACAGACACUGUUGGGUACUCAAACCACGUGGGGACAACACAAGUGAGGAAUCUGACCCUGCUUUAAGGAGCUUACACUCAGUGGGAGAUGGAAGACACGUCUACACACCACUUCACCAGAAGAGAUCAAAUGAGCUAAAAGAGGGAUACUGAGAAAAUGUAAUAAAGAUGCUAAGAAGUGAGGUUUCCCACAGGGGUGAUGAAGGAGGGCAUCCAUGAAGAAAACAGCUCAAAAAUUGUGGCCAAAUGGUUACAAAGCGCAGGUUCCCUCAUAGUCUGCUGGUGUCCGUGUGGUUUCAUUGGGAUAACCUGAGCUGUCCUCAGGGUCACCCACGUUCCUACCGGCUGUCCAGUGGAAGCACUCACUCUGUCCUGCUGUUGCAUGCAAGUCAUGUGUCUGUCCAGUCAGCAGACAUGUGGUUCUUGACUGCAGAGAUCGAGGAAGUGAGCAGUCUAGAUCAUGUAUGAAUGGCCUUCCACUCUCACCCUUAGGCCAGCAUGAUCCUCGGGGGGCAGCAACACUCAAGGACGCAAGCAGCUUCAGUCAUGAUGUGGUCAGGCAAUAUUUUUGCUUUAAACAGAUAUGAGUGGUCACCUCUGCUCAAGUACAUGAAGACAUCCUGAGAGUUCAGCCGUACAUAGUUCUAGAUGGCAAGAGCGUCCAAGACGUGUAGGUGAGGUCGUGUUGUGAGGGUUUCCAGACUCAGCUCUCUGAGCCAGUCAGGGACAGUGGAGCCUGGGGUGCAAUGCAGAGUCCGAGACUGGGUCCUGGGCCAUUUUCUUCUCCAUCCUCAGCUUCAGUUUGACUUUCACAAACGAGAGGUUGGGCCUUUAAUUCUGUCGUCAAGAAAAGUGGGCAAAAAGAAAGUAAAGCCAGGAGUGGUGGUACCCGCCUGUCUUCCCACUGACUUGGGAGGCUGAGGCAAGAGGAUCUCAAAUUCGAGAUUAGUCUUAGCACCCUAGCAAGACUCUGUCUCAAAAGGGGGGGUGGUGGCUCAGUGGUACCGUGCUCUGGGUCCAAUCCCCAGUCAAAAUAAAUGAAGAAAGAAAGAGAAGAAAAGGAAGGAACACUGAAAGAAAUGCCUGGCCCUGGAGGCACUCCAGGGAGCAGAUAAAGUGUGGGUCAUCAAGCAGAAGGGGAGUAAAAACAGAAAAGCUCACAAUUGGCAUCUUCACAGUAACUGCACUUGUUUGACACAACAUUUAUAGAGAUAAAGUUAAUAAACUGGCAUUGUUCUUGGCAGAUUCUCUAAUUCCACCUGCAGUUGGCAAGAGCUGGGGGGGGCGGGCAGAGUAGUGAUCACACCAGGGGGUUAAUGUUGAACUUGCUGCCGAACCCCCUCCUGAUAGGUCUGACUGUGGUGAUUACUAAAUGAAAAUAAAGUCCCUGACUUAUAAAGCGAUGCUUUUAAAAUUAUAAGUCGCAUGACUGAACAAACGCUUUGGGGGGAAAUCAGUCGUAUGUUUAAAGCCAACAAGCAAUUUCCCACCGCUGAAUGUAGAACAUACUGUGAGAGGAUCAUAAUUAGGUCCUGAAUAUUUAAUAUCAUCAUUUACUGUGUCUGUUUGCUGCUGUUUUUUUCUGAGUCUAUUUGGUGUAUCCUGCAAGCUAAAUACUCCGCAGCAAAGCUUAAUUAUCCUUUUAAUUCCUCUUCGAAAUCCUGCGGUGCCCCUUUCCCCCUGCUUUGCAAUAAUGAUGAUGAGAGUCUACCCUUAAUUAGACUGAAAAUGUCACAUGUGAUGAGAGAGUAGGCCCAAGAUAACAGCUCACACCCUCCUUUAAACAGUGUUCUUAGGGAAGGCUGUUCUGGGGUGGUUGGAGGCUGGCCUCGUUUCACUCUGUUGGAUUGGAGGCCAGAGGUCAGCGAACAUGGAGCAUGCUCCAUUGGCUCGCAACCUGCCAUUCUUCAGGAGCUGGUCCUUAUAUGGUUGCACAUUCCCUUGUCAUUUACUUAUUUGGAAACAAAUCCAAGAAAGGUUUAUUCCAUAGAGAUUUUUGCCUACACUAGGAAAUUCAUAAUCAGUGAGGCCAAAAUGAUUCUUAUUGACAAAGCUGGGACUCUCCAUCCUGCCAUUUUGUCUGGAAACAGUCCAAUUUUGCAAUACGUAAAAGCAUUUAGUGAGCACCCCAGGUUAGAUCUGUGGCCCUUAGCCAGUGAAGUCUUAAUUGUGGACACUUAAUCUAUUUCUGUAUAUAUAACUUAUUAUAUUUUAUAAUCGCAAUAAACCUGCUAAUAAAAGGAGUCCCGCAGA